AUGAUUGCAUCAACUCUAGAAAGUACUGCUAGUGCCUUUUCCAAACUCCAUCAUUAUUUCCCUUUUUGUAACAUGGGAUUUCAUGCCAUAACUGUUAUUUGUAUUUUAGUAUUUAUUGGUGCUGUUGGAAAAUCUGCACAGAUUGGAUUGCAUACUUGGCUACCCAAUGCAAUGGAGGGUUUUAUAAUAUUUUAGGGCUCUCAUGUGCCAUUAG